CAGCCAGCAUCUCUUGGGGCCCCGUUUCGGUCAUGAGACUGUUUUUUUGGUGCAUGCUGGGAAGUGUAUUUCUUGGGUUGCUCAUUUCCCAUUUGUUUUCGACGACAGUAAAUCGGGAUGAAACUCUAACUCCCAGAAACACUGCCGUUCUGUCCCGAAAUUACUUCAUUUCCACAUCGAACAAGACAUAGAAAUGUCAGACUUGUUACAUUUGUAGCAGACAGUUCCGGUCAGGUUCAGUUUGUGGGGAAAACGAAUCUUCCAUUACAACUAAAGCUUAUUUGUAGCAAGUGGCGUCAAGUGUACUGGAGGAGAGUUUGUCAGCCUUAGUAACGAAGUAGCUGUUGGCAGCUAAUUCUAAGUUAGCUAACAGAAAUGGAAGCGAGUUCUCUUGCCCCCUUUCAUCCAUGGGAAACCCGCACUAAUGUUUGCUAACUCAAAGUUUUUCAAUAACCUCGGUAUCACCGAAUAAUCCUGUCUGUUAUCUAGAAGCCAUAUCUUCAGAAAAACCAAGCGAUGGAAGAAGUUGACAAAAUUUUGAUUCAUGCCCUCAAACAAGUCGGCACAGUGGUGAGUGAGGAGACUGACAGUGUGAAACUGUUCAGCAGUGAGCUGAUAGUGGAGGCUGUGGUCAGGUGUAUCCGUGUGAUUGAUCCUGGCCUGGGAAGUGCACUGCCCACUUCCCUUCCUCCAGGCAUGUCUGCUCGCUUCAGAGUGGGCAUGAGCCUGGCACAGGCAUGUCAGGACAUUGGUUAUAAAGGAGAAAUAGGCUACCAGACGUUUCUGUACAGCAAUGAGCCAGAGAUCCGCUCCCUGCUCAUGUUCCUGGUGGAAAAGCUACCCAGAGAACGUGCAGAGGUCUCAGACCAGCCAACAGGUAAAUCAGUGGUCCUCCAGAGAGCCAUCGCUGCUGUUAUCAAAGCCCAGCUGGCUGUGCCUUGGCUGCCCUCAAACUGCAGAUUGCCACUCCUCGAUGAAACACAAUGUCCAGGAGCAUUGCACAGCUUUCAUGUGCAGUCACUGAGUUUACCACACUGCAGUAAAGGUCCAGGAAAGAAGCAGCUGAAAGAGGUGAUGGACUACCAGCGGUACAUCCUUCCUCCUGUAACUGCCCAGUUUUCCCGUCAUACCUCUGUGUUGGCGUCCAUACUGGAGCAGCACAUAGCUGAGCUAAGUGCUGCCCAGGAGUGGGACAAUGAGUGGAACAGUCAAGGACUCCUGUCUCGCCUCACACCACAGGAUUAUCACUGCAGAAAACUGACCCGGAUGCAUAAACGCAUCAAGGAGCAGCUUCAUUCUGCUACGCUGACCUCUCCAGAAAGCCCCCUCAGUGGUCUUUGCUCCACCUCUGACUUGUCUGAGCUACUGCAGGCCUUCAGAUGUUCUGACCCCUCUGACCACGUAUUGACCAAAGGCACUCACUUCACCCACACCCAAAAGUUCACCUUUACACAGGUGGCAGCAAUGACCAGCUCCAUUCCCACUGGGCACCAGUCAGAGAAUGAUAUCCAGCUCUGUCAGCAGGAGGAGCUGACUUUACUCCAGCAGCAGUUCCAUCAGCUCUGCAGUGAUGUCAACCAGUUGGCAGCAGACAUUAAACACCUGAGUGUCCCUUAUACACAGGUAGCACAAACAUGCACACACACCUAAUGCUGAACCUGAACCUAAUGGACUCAUGACCUAGCCUAUACUUCUGUAUUAUAAGGUUAUGGCAGUUCACAUAUGGUCCUUUUUUAGCCUCCACAAAAUGAUUUCAUUUUAAUAUAAUGUUCAUGCAAGAUGCAGAUGGUAACCCUUAGCAUAACAAAUAUCAGAUGAAGUGAGUCCUACUGAUAUUAUCUACUUUUAAAUUUAAUAUUUAGUAUGUCCACCUUUUGCAGCACAUCUCUCCGGAAUUGUGUCAAUAUAUUUCCUGAGAAUUUCAACACUAAUGUUAACCCAUGCCUUCUGCAAAGGCUUUCCUUUGAGUGUACAAUACAUCUAUCCAGUUUAUUUACCAACUCGCCCCAAAUUUGCUCUAUGGGGUUGAGGUCCUGACUUUGAAGGGCCAGUCCAUCAUUUUCAAUGUUUCAGCAGAUUCCUUCUGUCACAGGUAGUUCUGGAAAUAGUUAUAAGAAUGUUUAUGCUCAUUGUCCUCUUGGAAAAUAAACUCAAGCCCAAUAAGAUAACUCCCAGGCACUAUUCUGUGCCUCACCAGAAUAUUGUGGUAUACUUUCUUAUCCAUGAUGCCAUCAAUUUUCACCCUCUUUGUUUAACUAUUUGCAAGAGACACAAAUUUUUAUAUAUCUCACCCUCCCUUAAUCCAUCCAACAUCUUUGCUUGUUGUCAAACUGUUCCAUCUUAGACUCAUCAGUCCACAACACUUUAUACCAAUCUUCCUUGUCAGUUUCUUGUGUUCUUUUGCAAAUUUCAGGUGUUUCACUGUGUUUCUCUUUCAGUAAUGGUUUCUUGCCAACAAAUCCUUCUUCACCCAGUUUCCAACACAGUUCUUGAAGACACUGUUGCACCAUUAGUUAUUGUGGCAUUGAUCUCGUCACACAGUUCUUGUGAGGUCUUUCUAUGACCCUUAAGACUGAGAAUUUUGACACAGGCCUAGCUUGUUUUUUGUUUUUUGUAAAAUGAUUUAAACCUCCUAAUGAUGGCUUUAUUCUAUGGUUUAUAGAGCAUAUUGAUUACUUUGUAGAUAUUUCAUUUGUUUUAUGGAUAUUUUAAUGAUCAAUUCAACAAAAACAACUGAAAAUGUCUGAAGUAUGCCAAGUGUUAAAAUAAUUUUGGCCACCACUGUAUAUAUCUUGAAUUGGAAUCUUUCAACUUUGAAACUGCUACACAUGAGUUUAAACACAGAUCUGCUUACAAUGGCAGGUAUGGCUAGUUAGUGUUCGUAUGAAAAUGUUCUAAGUAGUAGUAGUAGUAG